AUGGCAGACGAUUUAGUUUCUGAGCUUUCGGGCUUACAUGUAGUCUCGCAGCAAGAACUUCCGAGUACAGAAAAGCCAGGCACUGAUGAGCUGCCGCCUCCUGAUCUGAGCCCAAUAGUACUUCCGGAUUCCCGCGAUGAACACAACAUAUGGAAGGCAGACUACAAGCAAAAGAAGGGUAUCCCCUGCCCUUGUGGUGAUGAAGCGCACAGGAACCUAGAAAAAUGGUACGCAGACUAUUUAGAAUCCUCAGCUGAGGAAAAGUUGCUUCUGGAGGACAAAUUCAACAAAGCCGCCCUUGAGGAGAAGAUCCAAGAAGUAUCUUCUCAGGUCCCUGUCUCCAAUGGCUAUUGCCCGAGUUGUCAAAAGUUGCUUGACGAAUGGCCAGAAAUCAUCAAAAAGGUGCCGGAAUAUGAUCCCACGGAGCUUGAAGGGCCUUACCAGCAACCACAUUACAAAAACACACUUGAGUUUGAAGCUGGUCACCGGAAUGGAUGCCAGUUAUGUACGCUGUUUGUACAAUGUUCCAUUAACAGGGGCUACCCGCUUGAAAAUUGGCAUAAGAAGGAAAACCGUUUGAAUUGCCUUGGUAAAUCGACGCUCAUUUUGGUUUCAGUACGAAGUGAGGAGGGAUAUCUCAACUUGACGUUGACAUGGCCGGGAUUGGAUAACUAUUGCUGGCUUCCGGCAGAUCCAUUGUAUUGUGUUCAAAACUAUGAUCAGACGCGGGAGGGCCUACCGCAACUUGAGCUAGCCAAAAAAUGGCUCGAUGCAUGUCUGGAGACGCACGAGUCUUGCAAGUCGACCGAAGACCGCCAACUCCCCACCCGGCUCAUCGACGUAGGCUCCACACCCAUCCGUCUCAUCCAAAGCUUCGAUUUGACCACGAAACCUCGCUAUGCAACCCUCAGCCACUGCUGGGGAACUCAGACUUUCUACAAGCUCCAGCAAGACAAACUAGAAGAUUUCAUGAGCGCGAUCCCAGAAGAAAAUAUCACAAAGACCUUCCAGGACGCCAUAUACAUCACGCGUUCUCUUGGUCUCCGGUAUCUUUGGAUCGACUCUCUCUGUAUCAUCCAACUUUCUGACAUGGACUGGCGCAGUGAGUCAGCACUUAUGAGCUCCAUUUAUGGUGGCUCAACCAUCACCAUCGCUGCCGCUGGGGCUACAGAUGGCACCAAGGGGUGUUUCCUCAAACCUCCAGGCUUCAUUGGUAAAGUUCAUAUUAAACUAUCUACAGGCGAGGUGUGGGAUAUUGCCCCCAGUGGAUUCCACACGUCAGUUGUCAAAUCUCACUUAGCAGGCCGCGCAUGGGCUCUCCAAGAACGACUCCUCUCGCCACGAACGCUCCAUUUUAGCAAAACAGAACUCUUCUGGGAAUGUCGUCACUGCGAUGCUUCCGAGUCUUUCCCCGAGCGUCUCCCUAAAUUCGAACACCAGCACAUAUUUCACCGGGACCGGAAACCCAUUUCUGAAAUUUGGCAUACCAUUGUAACAUUGUACACAGGCGCACAACUGACAUUUGCAAAAGACAAGAUGGUUGCUAUUUCAGGAAUUGCACAGAAGGCGUUUGAGGAGAAUGGAGAUCAAUAUUUAGCGGGUUUGUGGAGAAAGGAUAUCGAGUUGCAGCUGCUGUGGUGUCAGCAAUCCCCUGGGAGGAGGUUGCUUUCUGGAACUGAGUAUCGUGCUCCAAGCUGGAGUUGGGCGAGUGUAGAUGAGAAGGGAUUUGUCCAUUAUUCUCCAAAGUCUGAAGGAACUAAGUAUGUGUAUUACGCGCAUGUCCUCGAUGCUAACGUUGUGCCUGCUGGAAAAGAAGAAUUCGGAGAGCUUGUGGGAGGUGAGUUACGAAUGAGUUACUCGGCUAUGCUAGCAGGGGAAUUGAACAAAAUCCAAGGGGGGGAUUGGGAUGGUAUAGAUCUCAGCUACUACGAAGUUGAGAUUAGCUCUUCUGAAGACAAGAAGGAAAGAUUUCGAGUAUAUCCUGACUCCGAUGAACUCGACGGGCGAGAUAUCUAUCUACUUCCUGUGCUUGAGACAUUGGGAACAGGCAAAUACAACAAGCGGAACCUUAAGGGAUUGAUUGUUCUCCCGACGGGUGGCAAGAAAGGAGAAUACUCCCGAGCUGGCUUUUUCGAUAUGUCGGCAUUUGAUGCGGGUCACCGAAAGACUCAAGACCGGUUUCUGGGAUUGCUUGAGGCGUCUGGAAAAGCGACUGGAGAAGCGCAAUGUGCUAACAUUCUUCAAGAACCAGAGUUUGUGGAGGAGCGAUAUGUUAUGACAAUUAUCUAG